AUGUUAUGUUGGUGACGUCAUCGCGUGUUAGGUUUUAUGAGGUGUUGUCUGUCUGAAACAUGGAGGAAGAAGAGGAAAUGAUAUAAGUCCAUUUAUUAUUAUUAUUAUUAUCAUCCAAAAUCCAAAUCGUCCCCACAGCGAGUGAUUAGUCGCUGAGAAGCAUUGGCCGCCUCGCUGGUGUAGAAGUAGAAGAAGCUAGCAUCAAAUGCAGGAAAACAACAUGGCUGCGGUGGAGUUAGAAUGGAUGCCAGAGUCUCUGUACAACACUUCUAUCUCUGUGGUGGUCGACAACUACACUCGCUCCAGGAAGGACAUCCGCUCACUGCCACAAAACAUACAGUUUGAUGUUUAUUACAAGCUUUACCAGCAAGGCAGGCUGUGUCAGCUGGGAGGAGAGUUUUGUGACCUGGAAGUGUUUGCCAAAGUUCUCCGGGCGUCAGACAAAAGACAUCUUCUGCACCACUGCUUCCAGGCCUUGAUGGACCAUGGCGUGAAGGUGGCCUCCGUGCUGGCCAACUCCUUCAGCCGCCGCUGCUCAUACAUCGCAGAGUCUCACGUCCACGUCAAAGAGAAGGCCAUCCAGUUUGGCUUUGUGUUGG